GGUCGCGCGCGAGCCUCAAAGCAACCUUGGUGAGAGUGCCGAAAUAUCGUUUUUAAAUCCUCAAUCAUUUAUGCUCAACUAAUAUAAUUAUCUUAAUAUAUAAUAACUUGUGGGGAGAGACAUAAAACGUAGGUUAAACAUACACCUGCGUUUAUCCAAGAUAUUCCAAAGCCGGACUUAGCAUAAAGAUCUAUAGAGGAUAUUGGAUUUGUCAGCAAUUAAAGAUAUUAUGGCGGAAAAAAGACCUUAUUACAUUAGCCCGGUUACCAAGCAAGAUGAAGAGGCUGUCAUGCGACUUACAAAACGAACCUUCUACAUCGAUGAACCUCUGAACUUAGCAGUGGGGCUGUGUCCGUCUGAAACGGAUCCAUGUCCGGAGCUUGAUUCUUAUUGCACCAGCUCUCUACACGAGGGUUUUUCCUUCAAAGCCACAGACGAUGACGGGAAUGUGGUUGGUGUUAUGAUCAAUGGAGUGUGUCCUUUGAAAGAGGACGACGACGGCAACGAUCUGCUCAGCCAAGCUCAGCGUUGCCAGAAUCCAAAAUUCCAAAAGAUUCUAUACAUUUUGGCACGGCGUGAGACCGGUGCUAGGCUAUGGGAGAAGUUCCCUCAGGACAAAAAUGCUGUGGAAGUGAAAGUAGCGGCUACCGACCCUAAUUGGAGACGCAGAGGAAUCAUGAACGCGUUAUUGGAGGAAACUGAAAAAGCCAUCAAGCAGCGAGGCAUUAGGCUAGCCAGACUUGACACGUCCAGCGCCUACUCUGCAAUGUCAGCCGAGCAUUCCGGAUACACGUGCUACUACCGAGCGCUGUACAAAGACAUCAAGAUGGACGGACAGCCACUCAUAGUGCCCGCGCCACCGCAUGAUGAGGACAGGGUAUAUAUAAAAGAGUUGUACCCUUUGUGAG